CUACAUUUGUUUCUCCCCGAGCAAUCUAAACCGUAAUCAGAGCGGUCUAAGGUGUAUGAAUCGUACACAACACUAAAAGGGGCUUUGAAGAAAUCGCCGAUCCUCAAAAAAUACAGAGAUCGAGAAUCUGGGUCACGUCUAAGACAGUUGUACGGCCUUGCACAUCGCAGUAAUUUAUGAACUGAAAAAUUACGAACGUGAAAAUGCCCUACAUUUCAUUAAUACGCGGUUAUUGCAGUUAAAGCGCUGUGAUUCGCAAGGGUCAUUACAACGCACGUCGUUUCCUAUGGGUGUAUGCGCACGGAGCUCAGCUCCGAGUAGUCGCACACGUUUGCAGUUCCGCCGCGCUAAACGGUGGAUCAGGCAGAGUCGGGCUGUAUCGUAUCAGCAGACGAAGUAUAAAAGGAGCCGAAAGAAAUGCAGAGCAGUAGCGCAGUCCAGAGAGUUGCUGUUCUUCAGCCAGUGACAGAGACUACAAUACCGCGCCACCUUAAGUUCAGGGCGCGCUCUCGGCCCGUCCCCUGUCCCUCAGCCCCUCUCCCUCCGGGCGCGGAGAGAAGUGCCACGGCGGACAGCGCUUGAGAGUGACCCCAGGCUCCACGGCUCGCCGUGCUCCGCUCCACAGCCCUGUCCCGCCUGAAAAUCCCGUGUCCGGGGUCGCCUUGUCACACGCACACGGCCGGAGUGACCUUGAGCGCGGUCUCUUCAACGGGGGGGGACUGGGGGAGGGUGAAAAUAUGCGGUGUCACAGGGCUAAAUGGGUUUUUAAAAGAAGGAACAAAAUACUGACUCAAAGUUUAAAACGAUAGUAAAUCCGUCUGGCAGCCGAGAGUGAAAGAAACGGGAGGGAAAAACCCGCCUACAAGCUGGACAUUAAAAAAUGAACUUUUUUUCCAGGCGAGAGCGUCCCCUCAUGAUUGAUUAUUGUGGCACUGAUCCAGGGUUAUAUAUAUAUAUUUUAAAACUGCGUUUUCUUUGCGCACGAAAUUUCGCUUCUCUUGAGAUCAAAGGGGCUGCAGGAAAGGGGUGGUCCCGCAGUGAGGAUAUAAAGUCAGCCCGGGACACGGGGAGCUCAGAGAGAACAGGAGGGAGAGUGUGAAAGACAGAGACGCAGUGGAGAGCUGCGCUUUACAAAACUCUCCGACAGAUACGGGACUCGCUAGAAGAGCGCUUUUCUAACUACACCCUGUUAAUACCGGCAACAGCACUGAGCCUCUGUCCUUCACAGCAGAAUUUACACGGGUAUCUCUUUGGACUUCUUUGCUUUUUUUAACUCAUACAUACUUUACCAACGGGCUGUAGACUUUAUUUUUCAGAGGUGCAGGUCGCACGUUGACUUUUUUUCUUUUCUGUCCUCCGUCAUUCAUUUGCAUCCGUGUCUUAACGUUUUUUUGAGGACUGCGCGGGGAUAUGAGGUCCUUCCUGUGUUUUUCGCUUGGUUUCGUGGCCGCUCUGUGCGCGUAUGCGGCGCAGAAUGUCUGGGAGGAAGGUACCGCGGUACCGGUCCUGCUCGACCCGGCGGUGCUGAGAGAGGCCGGGGACGACCGCCCUCUCAGUCCGGAGGAGAGCGAGAAAGAGGCGCAGAAACGGGUUUACCAGUUGGAAGUGUUUGGCCAACGGAUGGUUUUGGACUUGGAGCCGGACCAGACCUUUUUGGCUCCUGGCUUCACGUACCAGGUGGUCGGUACCCCGGGAACCCCAGUGUCCGGGGAGCGGACCGAUUCCGACAGUGCGGCGGCGACUGGGUGCUUCUACUCCGGCACUGUCAACGGGGACCCCGGCUCCGGCGCGGCGCUCAACCUCUGCAGCGGGCUGCGGGGCGGCUUCUACCUCCAGGGCUACGAGUACUUCAUCCAGCCCCACAGCAGCGCGGAAGGGGAAGGAGAGCUCCACCUCAUCCGCCGCAGGAACACGGGGUCAUUGGCCGGGGAAGGCGCUUCCAAAUGCGGGGUGAACGAGGAGGAGGAGCGGAUAGCAAAGAGCCCCGAGCCGCCGCAGGAGCAAGGACAGCGGAAUCCUACCGAUCAGACAGCCCAUCACAGAUCCCGGCGCUUUGUGUCGACCCCGCGCUAUGUGGAGAUGUUGCUGGUGGCGGAUCGGUCCAUGGCAGAAUUCCACGGCGCUGGGCUGAAGUCGUACCUCCUGACACUGGUGGCCGUGGCGGCGCGGCUGUACCGCCACCCUACCAUCCACAAUCCCAUCAGCCUGGCCGUGGUGAAGCUCCUGGUGGCACAAGACGAAGGCAGUGGCCCUGAGGUCUCCACCAACGCUGCCCUCACCCUCCGCAACUUCUGCCAGUGGCAGCGCCAGCACAACCCCACCAGCGACCGGCAUCCUGAGCACUAUGACACCGCCGUGCUCUUCACCAGGAAGGACCUGUGCGGCGCCCACACCUGCGACACGCUGGGCAUGGCCGACGUGGGCACGGUGUGCGACCCCGAGAGGAGCUGCUCCAUCAUCGAGGACGACGGGCUGCAGGCCGCCUUCACCGUGGCGCACGAGCUGGGUCACGUGUUCAACAUGCCGCACGACGAUGCCAAGCAGUGUGCCAGCGUGAACGGUGCCAACUGGGGCUCGCACAUGAUGGCCUCCACGCUGUCCAACCUCAACCCGCUCAAGCCCUGGUCCCCCUGCAGUGCCCUCAUGGUCACAUCCUUCCUGGACAACGGCCACGGUCAGUGCCUGCUGGACAAACCUCAGAAGCCCCAGCCCCUGCCCAAGGCCCUGCCCGGCACGGUGUACGACGCCAACCGGCAGUGCCAGCUGACCUUCGGCGAGGAAUCCCGCCACUGCCCCGACGUCAGCAGCACCUGCUCGGCGCUCUGGUGCACGGUGACGGCAGCAGAGGGCAUGCUGGUCUGCCAGACCAAGAACUUCCCCUGGGCGGAUGGCACGCCCUGCGGCGCCAACAGUUUCUGCCUGGCAGGGCAGUGCCUGACCCAGGCAGAGGCCGCUCAUUUCCAGACCCCAGUGAACGGCGGCUGGGGAGCGUGGGGUCCCUGGGGCGACUGCUCACGCACCUGUGGCGGCGGGGUUCAGUACUCCUUCCGGGACUGUGACAACCCCCAGCCCAAGAACGGUGGCAAGUACUGCGAGGGCAAGAGGAUCCAGUACCGAUCUUGCAACACCCAGGACUGCCCCGACAACAAUGGGCUGUCGUUCCGAGAGGAGCAGUGCCUGGCCCACAAUGAAAUCUCCUCCCAGCUGUCCUUUGGCUCCGGCCCGGCUGUGGAGUGGGUCCCCAAGUAUGCAGGGGUGUCGCCCAAGGACCGCUGCAAGCUCGUGUGCCGGGCCAAGGGUACCGGGUACUUCUUCAUCUUGAAGCCCAAGGUGGCUGACGGCACACCCUGCAGCCCGGACUCCACCUCGGUGUGCGUGCAGGGUCAGUGCGUGAAGGCCGGCUGCGACCGCAUCAUCGGCUCCAGCAAGCGGUUCGACAAGUGCGGCGUCUGCGGGGGAGACGGCUCCUCCUGCAAGAAGGUCACGGGGUCACUGGACCGUGCAAAGCCGGGCUAUCAGGACGUGGUGACCAUCCCCGCCGGGGCCACCCACAUCGACGUCAAGCAGCGCGGGGCAGGGGGCGGGCGGCACGACAGCAGCUACCUGGCCAUCCGCCGGCAGGACGGCUCGUACGCUCUGAACGGCGAGUACACGCUGACCACGCUGGAGACGGACAUCUCCCUGCGGGGCUCCCUGCUGCGCUACAGCGGCUCGUCGGCCGUGCUGGAGCGCAUCCGCAGCUUCGGCCCGCUAGCCGAGCCCAUCACCAUCCAGGUGCUGUCGGUGGGCGAGGCCCCCCGGCCCCGCGUCAAGUACAGCUACUUCGCCCCCCGCCCGGCGCCGCGCCGCCCCGCCUCCUCCUUCAACGCCAUCCAGGAAACGGCCGCGGCCGAGUGGGCCCUGCGCGAGUGGGGCGCCUGCUCCCGGAACUGGUCAGCCUGCUCCAAGACCUGCGGGCGUGGCUUCCGCAAGCGGCUGCUAAGGUGCGUGGGGCAGGAUGGCCGCGCCCUCCCACAGGACAGCUGCGACCCCAAGGACCGGCCGCGACCCUUGCUUGACCUCUGCAGCCCUGGCGCCUGCCCCUAG